CCGUUGCUGCUGCUGCCUCUCUCCCUCCCCCGUCCGUCCCGUUGCUCCACAAGCUGCCAUCCAUCCCAGACUUCACGCCGCGCCUCGUCCCAUCGCGAGAAAUCAAACACAUUCUUCUUCCUGCGAUUUACCACGCCCCAAUUCGUCGUCGCUAACCAACCCGACCGGUCGGCUUUUGUCGCCAGCUCAGCUCCUUCCUACCAGCUCCGUCACCACCACACAAUGUCCUCGGCUUUGCUCCGCACGACGCCCGCUCUGCGCGCCGGCCUUCGGGCCCGCGCCGCCGCGAUGCCCCUCGCGGCCAUGGCAUCCACGAGCUUCGUCCGCGGCAAGGCCACGCUGCCCGACCUCCCCUACGACUACGGCGCCCUCGAGCCCUACAUCUCCGGCCAGAUCAUGGAGCUGCACCACUCCAAGCACCACCAGACCUACGUCAACAGCUUCAACGCCGCCUCGGACGCCAUCGCCGAGGCCCAGGCCAAGGGCGACGCCAAGGCUGCCGCCGCGCAGGCGCCCCUGCUCAACUUCCACGGCGGCGGCCACGUCAACCACUCCCUCUUCUGGGAGAACCUCGCCCCCAACGGCAAGGGUGGCGGCGGUGAGCCUCAGGGCGAGCUCUUGACGGCCAUCAACGAGGACUUUGGCUCCUUCGAGAACCUCAAGAAGCAGACCAACGCCGCCCUCGCCGGCAUCCAGGGCUCCGGCUGGGCCUGGCUCGUCAAGGACAAGACCUCUGGCACCCUCGGCCUCGUCACCCGCGCCAACCAGGACCCCGUCACCGGCAACCUAGAGCCACUCCUCGGCAUUGAUGCCUGGGAGCACGCCUAUUACCUGCAGUAUCAGAAUCGUAAGGCCGAGUACUUUAGCGCCAUCUGGGAUGUAAUCAACUGGGGGACCGUUUCCAAGCGCUUCGAGAAGUGAUGCGCCCAUGCACGGGACGGUGGAAAAAAAGACUUGAUUUUGUACAUUAACAAAGCUAAUACACCCCUGCGUUCAA